AAUAUUGCAGCGCACGCCACGCUCACGCGCCGCAACGCAUUUAAUUAAAACAUACUUAAAUAUAUCUAUAUCAAAGUGUUUUAUCAAUAUAAUUGAUUAGGCGGUAUCUAAAAUGGCCAUUGCCGAGCACGAUAACGUUUUCAUUUUUGUGCCAAAUCUGAUUGGUUAUGCACGCAUCGUUUUGGCCAUUAUUGCGUUUUGGUUUAUGUCCACGAACUAUGUGAUCGCCGGUUGGUGUUAUAUAAUCAGUGCACUACUGGAUGCCGUCGAUGGACAUGCCGCCAGGGCCUUCAAUCAGAGCACACGCUUCGGCGCAAUGCUGGACCAGCUGACAGAUCGGUGCGGAACCACGGGAUUGCUGGUUACCCUGGCCUAUUUCUAUCCCAGCUACAUGUUCUGGUUUCAGCUGUCGAUCGCCAUUGAUGUCGCCUGCCAUUGGCUCUACAUGCAAACGAGCGUUGUGGUGGGACGAGUCUCGCACAAGGUGAAUGAUAACUUUGUGAUGCGCAUCUAUUACCAGAAGGACGUGCUGACCUUUAUGUGCUGCGUGAAUGAGCUCUUCUAUAUUUGCCUGUAUCUCUUGCAUUUCACCUAUGGACCUUUGAUAAUCGGCGUUUCGCUAUUCAAAAUACUUGCCUUCCUUAGCGGGCCCUUUGCGGUGCUAAAGGCCCUGAUCUCUGUUAUGCAUGCCUAUGUCGCUGGCGCUGAUUUGGCUGCGGUGGAUGUGCGCGAGCGCCAGGAGAAGCGCCAAAAGGCCGAGCCCGUUGUUGCCGGCAAAAAGUUGGAGUAAUCGAAAAAACACAAAACAUAAAUGCAGGAGAAACAGAAGAAAAAAAAUGAAACAACUAAAGUACGAAGCAAAACAAUUGAUUCCAAAUAACUAAAACAAAAACAACUAAUUAUAUUAUAGUUAAAUUUUAGUUAUUAGUUCGCUCUAUAGCUAUUUGUUGACUUUAUUUUGUAUUUUUUAUUUAAUAUAUAUUUAAUUUGGAUUCGGGCGGGCGACACUUGUGUCAACAGGUGAUUUAAGCAUUAAAAUUAUAUUUAUGUAUAUA